AUGCCUGCCGCAAGCUCCAAAGCCAAUUACAAAACCUACGAGGCCCAAGCCCGUAUGGUACGCGCCAUCGUCGCGGCUCACCCUGAAGUGAAGUGGAACUACAAAGAAAUUGCUGCUUGCUAUGGAUCCGACAUGACUGAGCACGCUCUGAAUCACCGAUUCCGCCGUCUCAGGGCGCAGUCUGUAAUCAUUCGUGAGGGACGCAACCAGGGAUUCGAUCCCAAGAAUAUCUGCCAGGACGGAGAUCUUCCCGCUACUCAGGAAGCUGUGGAAAAGAACAAUAUCGCCAAAUACUUUGGACAGUCUACCCCGGACGGUAUUCAGUUCCAGUUCCGUGGAUUCAAAAAGGACGCCGACAUCCUCCGAAAGGUCGAAAGUGAUGGCGGCGAUGUUGCCAACUGCCUCAACCUUGGCUCAGGCGGCGGCAGCCUCGUCUCUACGCCAUCCAAGCCCACCGCCGCCCGGGCCACUGGAAGCCGAACUGGCACUGGCACUGGCACUGGCCGAAAGCGCACCCGCAAGGUAGACAAUAUCAAGCGAGCUUCGUCCGAAGAGGAGGAGGACGACAUUGCCGACAUUGACAACUGGAGCGAGCACGAGGACACGCCCACCAAGAAGCCCAAGACUGGAGCCUUCCCGGGCCAGAGGAACGGGACUCCAGGUCGCAGAGCUGCAGCCAAAGCCACCGCUACGAUCGCUGAAGCUUCUGCGCUGCUCGAUGCUAGCGAUUCCCAACCCGAGACUGAAGCCCCGGCCGGUCACUUUGCCUCUGCUUUCGCCCCUGCCAGUGUGCCGACUCAACCUGCCUAUGGCUCAUUCACCAGCAGGCCGGUGAUUGGCAUGAACACUGGACCUCCUGCGCUCAGUUAUCCACCCUCUGCUCAUUAUGGCUCGCAAUCGUUCGCUAUGAAUGAUGCCGAUGACAUUCUGGGUGACGGUGAGAUUUAG